AUGAACGAACUCAAAGAAGAAAUAAAAAAGAACGUCGCCACAGCCCAAGCAUCCACAAACAAGUUUGCUGAAGAUCCUUUAUGGGAAUCACAAGCAUGGUUCUUGCGGACGCGACUAAAGUUUGGCAACGACUAUCAACAGUUUUGGGAACACACACAAGGUCAAAUCAAUGAUUAUGUCACCGACUUGAACUCGGAGGAUCAACAGCUAGCAAGAAAGGAAGUUGCUGAAAGCUUUACUCUUGCGCUCAAAAGUGGAUUUGACGAUUGUAACAAGCAAAUUGACUCGCUUUUGCAAAAUGUUUUCCAGGUCAAGCAGAUAGAGAAUGGCAGCAACGAUAAAGAAGCAGCACCCAAGCAGCUUGAGAAUGACGGCCAUGCUGUGAAGAAAGAGCUUGAAAUCAUCAGUCUUGUUGAUGUCGAAGAUGAAGAAUCAGUCAACCGUCGUAUGAGAGUUGAUCCUCCAUCGAAGAAUGAGAUCGAAACGAAAGUGGAUCCCGAGCCUUCUUCGCAAGAGAACAACUCUGCCACUACCAGUAUUGUCGCAAUUCUAGAGGAGAGUAUCACCGAGGACGAGGAUCUCGGAGAGAAGGUGAAUUCUAAGUUUAUUGAUGUAGUCGAUAAAGAUGUUGAGGACGAUGAUGCCCCAAUCGUCGAACCUCGCAACGACAGACUGAAAGUUGCACUUGCCCACCGAAGUGUGGAACCAGAGAUUACAAGCCUAGUACUUGAGGAACCUAUUGAGGAACCUAUUGAGGAACCUAUUGAGGAACCUAUUGAGGAACCUAUUGAGGUCAUUAAGGAAACUAUUGAGGAAACCAUUGAGCAGGAAUCUCCAGAAGUUAUUGAUCUCACCAAUGAAGCUGAAGAAAUUGGGGAAGUUGAUCUCACUGAAGCAGUUGAAGAAAUUGAAGAAGUUGAGGAAAUUGGCGAGUCGUUGGUUGGACAAGACAGCCGAGACGACGACGAACCAGCGUUAACUCCACCAAGCCACUCGAGAGGUUUGUCGUUGACUCAAAUUCUGCUUGACACAUACAACGAAGAGACGGCGCAAGACACUCCCGAACGGUCUAUCUGGUACAGUAAUAAUACAUCAAUUGAUAUGGCACUCACGACCAUUGUUUCGAGGGACACGGAAGACGAAGACGAGGAGGGACCGACCAUUCAAACAUCGCCUUCCAAAUCCAAGGAUGUUCUUUCCGCCUUGUUCGGGCGGUUAUCCUCUGCAACUCCAUUGAUUUUUGCCACUCAAGAGAGAGCCGAAGAUGUAAAUGAAGGCAGAGAAGGUGCCAAUGACUCUGGUCGAGUUGGCGCCGAUGCCCGAGUUGGCGCCGAUCAUGGAGGAUCUCGAAUGGAGCCAAUCGAUUUAACACAAGAAAAUUAG